AUGGGGAAUCAAAUGCAGAAGAGUAUCUCAGAUAACUUCUCCGAGAAGAAAGAUCCGCUUAUGUCUCCAACGUUUGUAACGGCCUUCUGCAAAUGGCAUGUUCAAGUUCAUGAUUUUGAUGAUCACUUGCUUCUGUCCCUUUGUGUUGAGAAUCCUAGAUGGAUAACUGGAUGGAAAAGGCGAGCUAAAAUAACAAGCUUGUUCUGCGGUCAGUUCCCAGCCUGGGGAGAUAGGACAUUGCCUGUUAGCAAGCUUAAAGAAGAAGGCUUUUUGGAGAAUGACAAACUGAUCGUUAAAGUCGAAAUAAAAGCAAUUGAAGUAGGAAACGCAACCGGGAUGGAGAUGUUUGAAAUCAAAGGUUUUGAGGUUUUUUCUGAUCAGGUUGUCUCUGUGAGCCGGCUUUUCUUAAAGCACCCGGACGUUGCAGUAGAUUUCAAACCAAAGGCCAAAGAACUGAAGACAGCAUACAUGAAUCUUCUCAUCAGUCUCAUCGAGACAUUACGCAAGCCUCCACAGCGCUUGUCUGAGACUGAGCUUUGCAAAGCUGAGAGCAAGUUGAGCGACCUAACAGAAGCGGGUUUCAAGCUAGAUUGGUUAAAGAAAAAGCUUGAUGAGGUUCCCUUGAAGAGGAAGAUUGCAAUUUCUGAUGGCUCUCGGGUCGAACAAGUGGAGGAACGCAUCCAGAAUCUGAAGCUGGCUUUGUCGGAUCUCAAUGUUGAACUUGAAAGUGAGAUGGCUAAAUCUGCUGCUGCUGCUAAACUUUUGUCGCUUGACGACAUUAUUUAA